AUGCGUGUGACUAGUCUGGAGGUGGGGGCGACUGGAGUGUUGGCGCGUACACAUGUCCUCAUGGGCCCAGAGUGUGUUGGUGUCUCAAAAAUUGUAGACCCAGGUCAAAUCCUGAACGAUCGUCUGUUAAAAUUGGAAUGGCCGUCGCACAAUCUACUGGCCAAGUGCGUACCGCAGUCGGCUUGUCCUCUCUCUAGUCUGAUGGGCGCGGAGGGCGUGCUGGUGCAUCGCUGGACGCCGAGUAAUAUCGACCCCAGGAAACGCUCCUUUUGUCACCGUAAUAUUGCCCUCAUCACCUUUCCCGAAGGCCCAAUCACUCUAGAGGGACAUUAUGUUGCCAUUUGGGAGGACUUAGGGCUCGAAUACAUACCACCUCCCAACACAUAG